AUGCGCGUCGCCCGACACCGCGUCUCCGCCGCGUUCGGCGUCGCGAGAACGAAGCCGAUGGGACAAUCGAGCUCGAGGUCGUGUCCGGCGCCGAGGGCGUUCUUGGACGGGGCGAAGAUCCCGGGGGUGAGCGACGGGUGCAAGGGCGCGCCCAUUCCGGAAGGCGCGCGAGGCUUGCCGAUCGUCGCCGACGAGAGCGUGAUGAGCCAAAAGCAACACGGCACGUCGGAGUUUCCGGUGAUGAAGAACCUGCGAUACGGUGUCGAUUGGGAUCUCACCGAUCGCAUCUGUAACUUCAAUCGACAUUACGCCGAACACGCCGGGUACGCGUGGCAAACGUCGUGGAUCUCCGACGUCCAGGGUAAGGGUGAGGUGACGUACUACGACUCCGUCACCGGUGCCCCGUUGUUCAUCGCCCCGAGAGGUCGAACGUGGGAGGAGUUCGAGAAGGAGAGCCGGGCGCACGGCUGGCCGAGUUUUCGAGACGCCGAGAUGGUUUCCGAAAACGUUCGAUGCCUGCGAGACGGCGAAUGCGUGAGCACCACGGGCACGCACCUCGGGCACAACUUACCCGACCGAAACGGUAACCGCUAUUGCAUCAACAUCGUCUCCGUCGCCGGUAAUCCCGAACCGGAGCGAUAA